UCUCGAAAUAUUACAGAGUUGUCUAACUUGACAGUUGGCACCGUCUGGAGCCAUCUUUGUUAUAUGAUAGCUAUUUGUCUUUUACUUACAGCUGAUAACUUAAUUUUCAGUUUUUUCUUCCUUAAUGUAAUCUCCCGUUACUUUCACAUCUAUUUGCGAAAAGGGGGAAAAAAAUUACAAACACCAAACCCUGAGUAGCAAUUAAUUUUCCCCCAAAGAAAUAUAAUAAAAUAACAAAAACAACAAAAAUGGUGGGUUGUUCGGCUCCAAACUGUUCCAACAGAGCUGCAAAAGGUGGUUAUAAAAUGAAGCGGUUUCCUGCAGACCCUGCCAUUAGACAGAUUUGGAUAAAUAAUGUUAAACGAGCAGAUUGGAAUUGGAACCCACCGGCAAAUUUUCGAAACUGUAGACUUUGUGAGGUACAUUUUGAUGACAGUCAGUUUGAAUACAAACACACACCUGAGGGGACUGGCAGGUGUUUGAAACCAGGUGCUAUUCCAACACUAUUUGAUAUGCAGUCUGGAACCAUUUGUCAGUCUAAUUUAACUUCCCUUCACACUAGCCAAUCCCGGAGACAUAAGAAAAUUGUUGGUGAGUUCAAUCCCAUACUGUGUUUGUCAAAUCUCGAGCAGAGAAACCAUCAACUACCAGGGCUGUCAAAACAUACAAGUAUUUCUACAAACAUCUUCAAUGCUACAAGCAGUCACAAUAUUAUUGAUAUGAACUUCUUUAAAAAGAAACAGACUGAGAAAAUAGUUAAUUCUCUUCCUAUUACUUCAUACAUUGAUGAACAGACAAACUUUUCUCAGCUUUCAAAUCAAAUUCAAUACAACUAUCACAGGAAACCUCAAGCCCCAGGCUCUAAUGAUACACUAACAUUUCCUUCCAAAAGAAUGGAGUCUAUUCAUCAACCAAAUCUUUCUCUUCCAACUAAUGAAAGUGUUGCUUCUAUGUUGCCUGUUCCUUCACACCAUCUUCUACAUACUGAAUCACCUAAUGUAAAUUUACAGCCUCUUCUACAACCUGGAGAAAUUAAAGUAGAGUAUGUAGAAGACUCUUCUCAGAACUCAGAAGAGAGAAACAUUGGUGAACAAGUAAAGACCACCUCACCUCAUCUUUCAUCCCCCAAAUUACAUACUGUUAAAUUAUCCAGUGAAAAUAUUCAAAAUCCAUUGUUACAAGAUCAAGCAGAAACUUCGGAAAUGUAUCCUCAGACCCAUCUUGGAAAUUUUUCUUCAUUGAUGUCCCAUGAGUCAAAAGAACCUAGAAACUAUCCAAGCAACACUACAUUGAUAAAGGAUAUUGAAAUUGAGUCAAAUGCUUCUAAAGAUGAAGAAGAUCUUCAGUUUCAGAGACUGUCUGAUCAAUCAGAUGUUGGCAUAAAGAAAGACACAGUGAAGACUAUAAAAAGUCAUUUCAGUCCAACUAUUUCUUUACAUUCCAAUUCAAUUUACAAUCAAGGUUUACAAUAUUCAUCUCAGUCCAAUGUCACAAAAGUCGAAACUUCCAUAUUAAAAUCUCCUGUGACUACCCCUGAUGUGCUUGUCAAUGAAAUUGAAUCAAAACACUCAUAUUACUUUCAUAUGUCAAGUGACUCACGGAUACAAACAUCUGAACCAAAUGAGAAUAUUAGCAAGCAGGAUUUAGAAUGCCAUAGAUUUGUAAGGGGAGCUCAGAACCUAGAGAAUAAUGAAUCUUUUAAUAAUAGAGUUGAUAUAAGAAAUAUUGGGCCGUGUUAUACACCAAUCUCUGAAUCAGUAUCAACAAGUCCAAGAGUUACAAAGUUCCAUGAAAGAAUCAGUCCAAAUAUUAUGCAAAAAAGAGACAAACAAUUGCCAAAAAGUAGAAUUAACCAUAAACUUGUAUCAGUGGAAAAUUUACAUCGGAAAUUGAAAGAAGAAAAGAGAAAAUGUCAAAAAUUGAGACUCGAGAACCAAAAGUUGAGAAAACAACUUGGUCCUCUUCGGAAUUUGCAAAACUGGAUUAACAGGCUUCUUAACACUAAUGAAAGCAACCAGUUUGAAGAACUGAACUUUCGAGAAAACUCAACUGAUACACUUCAAAAGGCUCUUAAACUCUGUUCUACAGUAUGUGGUUAUUUAUGCAAUGUUGUCAGUCUUCCAUUUUAUUCAAAUAUUACUAGAUCAAUAUAGAAGAAUAAGUAUUACCAUAACUCUUCUUUCUUUGAGUAGUUUUUACUCCAGUGAUGCAGAAGUAAGAAUUCCUUACCUUUAAAGUUAAGGCACCAGAUGAACCAUAUAGACAUAAGUUCAAACCUUCCUACAACAGCUAUUUAUUAUGUCUUGUACUUGAACUUGAUAUAUAAUUGUGCUUGUUAUGCUUGUCUGGAUAGCAACAGAUUUCACAGUAAAAUGAAGUUUGAAACAAGUAAAUCUACUUGCUCAGAGAUAUAUUGCAAUUCCCACAGUUUGAUAUCCAUUCACAACAGAAUAUUGCAGUGUUAUCUUACAAUAAUUCCUAAGCGAUGAAAUAGAACUGAAAUUACAGCAGUAUUGGUUGGUCAAAGGUUGGCUACGAAAUGCUAAAAGAAGUUUAAAUAUGACAGAGCCUCACUAUUAGUGAAAUAAGAAUGUAAAUAGAUUCUUUCUAUACUAUUGACAUGUGGGAAAAUAUGGGUGAGAGUCUCCUGACUCUCCAAUCAACAGCAUAGAUCAGCUACUUUUAAAGCAGUCAUCAGUUAUGCCAGCAUCAUAGUGGAUACCCUAAUUAGAAAGAAUGCAUUUACUUUCUUAUUUAACCUGCAGUAGAUUUUGUAAUAUUCAAAUUUAUUUCACUUCUGAUUUAUGCAGUAUUGUUCAUUAAUAGAAUAAGAAGUAUUCCACACCCAAAACAUUAUUUGCUCAGGAGUAUAACUGGUUAUGAUUCUCUUUAAAAAAAAUACUGCAUCUGUUUCUGAUAGCUACUCCUUGAAUAAGGAGUAACAAAGUGUGUGUUUAAAUUAAAUUUUUUUAUUAUUAUCAGCUUUAAUUGUCAUUUUAAAUAAGCUAAAUAUAAAAUGUACUUUACCAUGAAAAAUAUAAUAAUAAAAAUAAUAAUCCUUUCUACGAAAGGUACAUGGCCUGAAAUUUGGGGGAGGGGGAUAGUUGAUUACAUUGAGCUCAGUGCAGAAUUGGUACUUUUUUUCAAACUCAAAAUAGUGAAAGGCAAAUUAGCCUUGGUAGAAUUUCAUCUCAGAAUUUAAAAAGCCAGAAGAAAAGCUGCUAGACAUUUUGUCUACUGCCCUAAUUGUUCUGUCAUUUCAUUGCCUCGUAAUUGUUUCCGAUAUAGGCACAAAGUGAGCAUAUUUCAGGAGAGAGGUUUGUUGUCUUUAUUUGUUUGUCAACUACUUUACACAGCUUUAUGAUGUCAGCAUUCGUAAGGUUACCUUGUACUUCUGAAGCCUAUAGUGUGUAUAUAUACAAUCAUCAUUUAAUAUCCACUUUUCCAUGCUUGCAUGGGUUAGAUGGAAUUCGUCUCAGUAAAUUUUAUAUGUAUACAUACCCUUCCUAUUGACAACCCUCACCUGUUAUUGAGCAAUAUUUCCUGUGGCCAGACAGGUUUUUACGAAAAAUGUGCAGAAUUGUAAUACUUAUUUAACGAUCAUAGUUACAGGCUACAUGCCUGACCCUCUCAUACUUGUUCUGCAGUUUAGAAUUAACUUAUUUAGUUACUGUAUUUUGCCUGUGCCAUUUAUUGUAGUCAUUAGCCUCAGAACUUGUCUUCUAAACUGGGAGAAGUAUAGAUUUUUUAAUAUAUAGCUUCUUGCAAUAGCUUACUACCAUUAGCUCAAUUCCUCCUGGUCCAAAUGCUCAUUCAUAGUUAAAUUACAUAUUGUUACCUUUCAAUAUACAACUACAGUUGCACAAUUGUUUGUCUGGUGUGAUUAGGAUUUUCAAACUGCAUUCUUUCAGAGAAAGCUGUAGCUUUCAAUCCAACAACUAUUCUAACAUUUAAGAAUUUGCCAUGUAAAGCUCCCUACUCAUAUUUUUUCUGCUAGUGCAUACAAUAGAAUUAUGGGUUUACAGUUCACUUACAAACUGUUAGUAAAUUGUGUUUCUUCAACACAGAAAAUCAGUGUGGGUUUUUUUUUUUUUUUUGUUAAAGUGUGUUUCAGUUGAUUUUCUUUGCUCUAGAUUAUAGAUUAUUCGGAUGAUUUUCGCACAAACUCUUCUUUUAUUCAUGUGGUAUUACUUCACAGAAUUAUUGUGAGAUAAUAAUUUCUUCAUAAUAUUUGGUGGGAUUAGAAUUUUGAAUUUGAAAUUAAGGAACAAGCAAAAAAAAUUGCAUAGAAUACUUAUUUAAUUACUUAUUUAUUAUGAAAUUAAUUAAAUAUUUUAAUGAAGCAAGACUUUUUUGUAGAUGAGAAAUAAUUAGUCUGAAAGAAAUUUAUGGAAAUUGUAUUUCCUUUUUCUUCGUAGAUUGUAAGUUAAUUUCUUUUUGCUGUCAGCUUGAUUUUUUUUUUUUUCAAAGAACCCCUUUAUUUUUGUAGAUCCAUCAUUGUAUGUAUCAUGUGUGAAUUAAGUGUGUGCUUCUCAAUAUCCAGUACUAAUUGUAAAUUCCUUCAGUGAGCUUUUAAUUGGAAUUACUAAAGGACUUCUUUUGGCAGCUAAUUAAUUUUUUGACUGGGUUUGACUCACUAAAAACUCUUUGCUUAAAUAUGUAAAUAGAUGGAUUAAAUUUGGAAAAAUAUUUUUAGAUUAUUUGACUGUGUUAUAACAUCAUUAGCACUGACAAAUUAUAAUCUUACACUUAUUUUUUCCAAAGACAAACAUGUUUUUUUAGUAACAAUGGAAAUUUUUCUGAACAAUUUUCUGUGAUGAGCCUAAAUAUAAAGUGCUAAAAUAUUGUCAGAAAAUUUUUUUGUGCAAAACUAUUGAUAAUUUUUUAGAAGAAUCUUCCAUAGUUCAGACAUGCUAAAAGAUCAUUAAUGCACUUAAUUUCCACUACUUUGAAAAUCUACAAAUCGGCUGCCUGAAGAAGAGACAAUACUUAGAUUUAUAUUACAGAAGAGAAAAGAACAAAUUACUUAUCAAAACAUGGUGAAAAGUUAAUUUGAAAGAUAUUUGGUGUUUCUGAUUUUACCAGAAUAUUAGGUUGUGAAAUGUUUUCAAUAGAAACAUGUUAAAUUAAAAUAAAUAUUGAGUAAAAGAAAAUUUACAAAAUCAAGGUAAAUUUUAUCCUUUGCUAUAUUUUACACACAGAUUAUAUCUUGUAAAACAAAAAUUCAAUGUACAGAUGGAACAAUAUUAUUAUUAUUUCUUAUGUAAAAUAAAUGUGCUUAACUACUCUGUUAUUAAAAUGCCAAUUUGUUCUGAUU